CAGAAUCCAAGUUAUUUUAUGUCAACAAAUUAUUUCGACAGAAAACGUAAAUUGAAAUAUUAAUUUACGAACAAUAAAUUUAUAAUACCAUAUUGUAGCAGAUAAAGUUUUUCAAUUUGUGUAAAAUAAAUUUCAUUAGCAAAGCAUUGGAAAUAUAUUGAUAUGUCUGACGAAUCUUGGAGAACACAUGCCUUUCGGCAGAGUAUUGUUGCAAAAAUUGAUGAAGCUAUUAAACAAUCCGGAACUCCGACUACUAAGAACAGUGUAGAAAUGGAGAAUCAUGUUUUCAUGAAGGCAAAGUCUAAAGAAGAAUAUCUAAGUUUAGUAGCUCGACUUAUUUUGCAUGUUAGAGAAAUGAAUUCAAAAAAAGGAGCUGGUAUGAAUACGGGUGGUACUAAUCAAGGCGGACCAGGAAUGCCUGAUCCAAUAAAUGCGUUACAAAAUCUUGCUAGUCAAGGUACUAGAAACACUCAAAUGAUUGGCAUGGGUGGUCCACAGGGACCACCUAAUAUGAAUACAAACACUGCUUCGAAUCUUCUCCAAACACUAAAUAACCGACCUGGCCAAGGAAAUAUGGGUGGUAUGCAAAAUAUGGGAAAUAAAAUGCCUGGUAUGCAAAUGGGUCAGAACCAAGGCCCUAUGGGUAACAUGAUGCCGGGACAAAUGUCGAAUCAACUACAAGGUCCAUUAACCAAUCAAUUACAGGGUCAAGUGCAAGGGCAGGUUAUUGGCAAUCAAAUGACCGGACAGAUGGGUCAAAUGUCUGGGCAAAUUACAAACCAAAUGGCCGGUCAAAUGCCUGGUAUGCCGUCACAGUUAGUAAACCAAAUGCCAAAUCAUAUUAUUACUCAAAUGCCUCAUUGCCACCUACCGAAUAAUGUGAAUUUUUCUGGGCCAAGAACUGUAACACCCAGUGGUUCAUAUAUGCGACAAAGUCCUACACCUAGUGCUCAUUCACCGGCCAGCUUGGGAAGCGCACCUUCUAGCAAUCAAAUGGUACCAUCACCAGCGUUGGUUCCAUCACCUAGUUCUCAAAUGACAAUGAUGAGUGGACCUCAACGGUCUGUUGGUAUGGCGCCUUCACCAGGUAGUUCGUUAAAUACACCGGGGCAGGCUGCACCAACUCCUAGCCCUCUGGGAAUGCAAGAAGAUCAAGCUUACCGCGAUAAAGUACGACAGCUUAGUAAAUAUAUUGAACCAUUACGAAAAAUGAUUGCUAGAAUGGGAAAUGACGGUGAGCAUGUUGAAAAGUUAAGUAAAAUGAAAAAAUUGUUAGAAGUUUUAUCAAAUCCUACAAAAAGAAUGCCUUUAGAAACGUUAUUAAAAUGUGAAGUGGUAUUAGAAAAAAUGGAUUUGAAACGUGGUGAAAGUGGUUCUAGCACUGGAACUACCUCUACAAAUACUCAACUGGCGGCACUGAAGGAACAUUAUAUAUUUAAUCCAUUGUUAGAAGCAAUUAGUAACAGUUUACAAAGUACAGUUUUCAAUCAUACGUUACAAAGAACUUUUGGACCAAGUACAGAAGCUUUAAAUGGACCAGAAAUUAAAGGGCUUCCAGCACCAUUGAAACGUAAACGUGUUGAAGAACCAACCAGUGAUAUACCAGACGUAUUACAAGGUGAAAUAGCACGUUUAGAUGCCAGAUUUAAAGUAUCUUUAGAUCCAAUUCAACAACCUCGUUCACGUACCGUACAAUUAAUAUGUUGGCUGGAUGAUCGUCAUUUGCCUUGUGUACCACCUGUAUCAUUAUCAGUACCCGAAGAUUAUCCAAAAAGCCCACCAAAUUGUUCAAUGGCUGAAAAUGAAUACAACGCUACACCAUUUUUAACAUUAGUUCAAAAGGCACUGUUGACACGUAUUGGAAAGUUACCUAAACGAUUUUCUGUAUCACAAUUAUUAAAUACUUGGGAAAUGAGUGUUCGUCAAGCUUGCGCACCGACACAAGUACCAGUAUCAUCAGCAACUGUUCUUAUGGGACUUUAAAAAGAUUAAAAAAUAAUAAUGCGAUUUUAAGUGGGCGAUUAUAGUUAUAAAAAUGAUAAAAAUAUUCUCUGAGAUUGAAUUCUGAAGAUUUGAUUCUUUAUUGAUAUUUCCGAACAGUAUUUCUGCAUUUUUCGCAUAAUUAUGGGAUUUAAAACAGUGAAGAAAUUUUUGCUAUAAUAAUAAAAUAAUCAAAAAAGUUAUGAGACCAUUCGCCACCCUGCCGAAAUGGCUUGAUCAAUGAAAUAGACGGAUAUCACAGAACAUCUGAGGUAUCAGUCAAACGCCGAGAGAAAUAUUUAGCUUAUGUUACAACAUAUUAAUUAUGAAAACUGAACUUCUUAAUUGCGUCAUCGAAUAAAAAUGGAGAAAAAUUAUUAAAUAAUUCGAAUGUAAUAACAAAUAAUUCAAAACUAUUAACCACUAAAAUUAUUACGAAUACUUAAUGACUUUAUUAAUUACACUGACUAAAAUUUUUUCUUUUUGUUUCUCGUUUUCGGCGGC